CAGCGCUCGAGCGGUAGAGCUAAAACUGGCCCUAGGCGGCGGCAAGGAGCGCCCGUGGGACCGAGCGGACGCGUCGGCGGCACCAGACGCCCGGCACGCAGCCCCGUGGCACGCCAGGGCAGCCAGCGGCCCGUCCCUCCCCAAAAAGCUUGAGCGCGCACGCCCUUCAGCGCAGCCCGGUUCCCGUGGAACACGCGCACGCCCUUCAGCGCAGCCUGUGAUCUAGCGGACGGAGGCCGUGAACCAUGGGCAAGGGCGCCGGCAAGGGCCGGGGCAAGAAGAAGGGCAAGAAGGACAAGGUCCAGGUCAUCCCCGGCGGCCUCACCGCCGAGGAGGAGAAGGACCGCCAACUAAAAGCGAAGAAGGCCUUCGAGUACUUCAAGGAGACCAAGGUCGAGGAGAAGAAGUUCGACACCUACCGGCAAGAACGGGAGCAGCUCAACUACUUCUGGAUCGUCGAGAAGAAGAGGUUGGAGGACAAGAAGGCUGAAUUAAGGUGCGCUCGCGGCGUCCUACGAUGUUUUCACUUCAUUCAUGCGACUCGUGUCCAGCUCACGAUGCCGGGGGUGGUCUCUUUUUCGAUCUUGAGCUGUUUCGGACCGCGUCGGGGCCGUCGCGGCGUGUCAGAGAGACGGCGGUCGCGUCGAUGGCGUCGUCACGGGACCGCGGCGCCUCCACGCCGUUGUUGUGAUCCCACGAGAGUCUACGUGGUCAUCAGCGAUGCCACAUCGGACCGCGUCGAGCGACCGCGACGCCCCGCGCAGGAACAAGGAGCGGGAGCUCCAGGAUCUGGAAGAAAAACAUGCGGUGGAGGUCAAGGUCUACAAGCAACGCGUCAAACACUUACUCUAUGAACACCAGGACGAGGUCACGCAAGAAAAAACGAAAGGGGAAGAGGCUUUGUCUCAAACACAAACGGCCCACCGCCUCGACGAGGCCGAGCUCAAAGCGGACCGACGAGCUUUGAGACUACAAAAGCAGGAGAACGAACUCGCGCACGACGCCUUUCUCAACUCAUUAAAAGCGACGCAUGACAGGGCCGUGCAUGAUCUGAGAAAAGAAUUCGCGCGGAAGGGCACCGAGGUGCAAAAAUUAUAUGAAGCGAAGACGAAAGCGGUCCGAGAAGCGCUCGAGGAGGAGCGCAAGAAAGAUUGUGGAGCGAUCGAACGGCAAAAAAAUGUCCACAUCGAGCAGUUGAUGGCGAGUCACGAAAAGGCCUUCGCCGAAAUAAAAAAUUAUUAUAAUGACAUCACGCACAACAAUUUGGAUCUCAUUAAAUCCUUGAAAGAAGAAGUUGCGGAUGUCCGACGUCGAGAGAUCCAGGACGAGAAGGCGAUGGAGACGGUCGCGAGCUGCGAGGAAAUCAAGUGCAAGCGCCCUUCAAUUUUUGGUGUGUCGUGGUCUGGGUGAGGUGUUACUCUCCAUACUCGGUCGAGGGUAUCUCUCGGCGAUCGUGUCCGAGUUUGGGCCGCUCCGAGGGCCGCGGUGCCGACAUAGCGGUGACUCACUGGUUGAUGUCCACACAGGUGGCGAGGGAGAAUAGGAGGAUGGCCGAGCCCUUCAAGAAGGCGAAAGAGGACGUUGCUGUUCUUACGAAGGAGCUGGAGGCGUAUGACGGGGAAAAAGCUUUAUUACGACAAGCUAAGGCUCGGUUACUUGUGGCCGAGAACCGUCUUAACUCAUUGAAGUGGGAGGACGAGGUGUUGAGGCAGAAACACCUGGAAGUCGUAGCUCAGCGAGAUGAACUGAAAGAAAAACACAGGGAAUUGAUUAGUGAGGUCAAACAAAAAGCUAGCUUUAAACACCUGUUACUAGAGAAGAAGCUCGACGCCGUGGCCGAGCAGCUCGAAGCGCGGGAUGCGCAGCUCGACGAUGCCCUAUCUAGAGCCAAUGUGGAUGUGUCUCGGUUGUCCAAAGAAGCCGCGGCGCAGCGGGCGCGCGCGAAGGACAUCAUUGGCCGGAAAGAUGCCGAGCUCGCUAGCAUCAAUGAUGAAACAAGUAGGAUUGUGGCGGCCCACCAGGACCUGAUGGACGCCGUGGCCCAGAAGAUGACGGACUUGGGGGUGCCGACCGCGGAAUUAGGGUUUGCACCCUUACAGACCUCUGCCUUGCAGACCUCGGUCUUCCAGCAGUCGCGCGUCCCGUCCCAACGUCGGCAAACUGUGGUACAAGAUCAAUUGCCAGUACAGACGGCUUCCCUGGAGGUCUCCGGCGCGCACGCGGCGUCGCCGGUCGCCGUCGCGAUGCCGCAGGCGGUGUAAGGGGCUUGCGUUUA